UAAAGAUAUCACCCCAUAAAAAUGAAAUAAAAUUGAUCCAAAAUCCAAACACGCCCCUCUCUGAGUCGAGUAGAUCCGCAGCAACAACAGAUGAAAUAAACGCAAAGUUUCUUCUUCUGCUUCUUCAUUACGAAUCAACCUAAAACACUUUCCUACAAAAAUCCCCGAAUUCAUCACAGAUCUUCAACAGGUGAAGAUCGAAGGGGAGAAGAAUUGUGAGAAAUGUUGACGAAGUUUGAGACGAAGAGUAAUAGAGUGAAAGGACUGAGUUUCCAUAGCAAGAGGCCAUGGAUCCUGGCGAGUCUCCACAGUGGCGUGAUCCAGCUCUGGGAUUACCGCAUGGGCACUCUCAUUGAUCGCUUUGACGAGCACGAUGGACCCGUUCGAGGCGUCCAUUUUCAUCAAUCGCAGCCGCUUUUCGUAUCGGGAGGCGAUGAUUAUAAAAUCAAGGUGUGGAAUUAUAAAUUGCACAGAUGUCUGUUUACUCUUCUUGGUCAUCUUGAUUACAUCCGUACGGUUCAGUUUCAUCAUGAGUACCCCUGGAUUGUUAGUGCUAGUGAUGACCAGACAAUUAGAAUUUGGAAUUGGCAAUCUCGGACAUGCAUUUCUGUGUUGACUGGGCACAAUCAUUAUGUUAUGUGUGCCUCAUUUCACCCCAAAGAAGACCUUGUUGUUUCAGCCUCUUUGGAUCAGACCGUGCGUGUUUGGGAUAUCGGCGCGUUGAGAAAGAAAACAGUAUCCCCCGCUGAUGACGUUCUCCGAUUGUCUCAAAUGAACACGGACUUUUUUGGUGGGGUUGAUGCUGUUGUGAAGUAUGUAUUGGAAGGCCAUGACCGAGGUGUUAACUGGGCUUCGUUCCAUCCGACUCUCCCUUUGAUUGUUUCUGGAGCAGAUGAUCGCCAAGUUAAAAUCUGGCGCAUGAAUGAUACGAAGGCAUGGGAGGUGGACACACUUAGAGGCCACAUGAACAAUGUGUCGUGUGUUCUGUUCCAUGCAAGACAGGAUAUCAUUGUCUCAAACUCGGAAGACAAGAGCAUCCGAGUCUGGGAUGCGACGAAAAGAACCGGCCUGCAAACUUUCCGUAGGGAGCACGACAGGUUCUGGAUCCUUGCGGCUCAUCCUGAGAUGAACCUUCUGGCUGCUGGUCAUGAUAGCGGCAUGAUUAUUUUCAAGCUGGAGAGAGAGCGCGCGGCCUUUUCUGUUAGCGGUGAUUCCCUCUUCUAUGUCAAGGACAGGUUCCUCCGUGCCUUUGAGUAUUCUUCCCAGAAGGACACUCAGCUCAUAGCCAUCCGUCGUCCUGGGUCCAAUAGCUUAAAUCAAGGUCCACGAUCUCUCUCCUACAGUCCUACAGAGAAUGCUGUCUUGAUCUGCUCAGACAUUGAUGGUGGAUCUUACGAACUGUACAUAAUCCCCAAAGAUAGCUAUGGCAGAGGCGACACGGUCCAGGAUGCAAAAAGAGGAAUCGGGGGCUCGGCAGUGUUUAUCGCGCGAAACAGGUUCGCUGUGCUUGAAAAGAGCACCAACCAUGUCCUGGUCAAGAACCUGAAAAAUGAAGUUGUGAAAAAGAGUCCUCUCCCUGUCGCUACAGAUGCCAUAUUCUAUGCAGGCACUGGGAAUCUGCUGUGCAGGUCUGAGGACAAGGUCGUCAUCUUUGAUCUCCAGCAGAGGGUUGUCCUUGGGGAGCUUCAGACGUCUUUCGUGCGUUACGUGGUCUGGUCCCCGGAUAUGGAGAGUGUUGCCUUACUGAGCAAACACUCAAUCGUCAUUGCUGAUAAGAAACUGGCCCACCGCUGUACCCUUCACGAGACUAUCCGUGUCAAGAGUGGAGGCUGGCACGACAAUGGUGUCUUUAUUUACACGACCCUAACCCACAUCAAGUACUGUCUUCCCAAUGGGGACAGUGGGAUUGUCAAGACUCUGGAUGUCCCUGUGUACAUCACAAAGAUAUACGGGAGCACGAUCUUUUGUCUGGAUCGUGACGGUAAGAAUCGCCCCAUCAUCAUCGACCCCACCGAAUAUGUUUUCAAGCUGUCCCUGUUGAAGAAGAGGUACGACCAGGUCAUGAGUAUGAUAAAAAAUUCGGAGCUGUGCGGACAGGCAAUGAUUGCUUACUUGCAGCAGAAGGGGUUUCCUCAGGUCGCCCUCUAUUUCGUCAAGGACGAGAGGACCCGCUUCAACCUUGCCCUCGAGAGCGGCAACAUUGAGAAAGCACUCGAAUCUGCCAAGAGAAUAGAUGAGAAGGAUCACUGGUACAGGCUGGGCGUGGAGGCCCUCCGCCAGGGGAACACCGGCAUAGUUGAGUAUGCAUACCAGAAGACCAAAAACUUCGAGCGACUCUCCUUCCACUAUCUUAUAACCGGAAAUCUAGACAAGCUAUCCAAGAUGAUGAAAAUUGCCGAGGUCAAGAACGAUGUCAUGGGCCAAUUUCACGAUGCCUUGUAUCUUGGAGACAUUCGCGAGCGCGUGAAGAUUCUAGAGAAUGCGGGCCACAUCCCUCUCGCGUACAUCACUGCCUCUGUCCACGGUCUGCAGGAAACCGCCGAGCGCCUGGCGGCCGAGCUGGGCAACAACGUCCCUUCUCUUCCUGAAGGGAAAAAGGCUUCUCUUCUGAUACCCCCAAGCCCUGUGCUGUGCGCAGGGGACUGGCCCCUGCUGAUGGUCAGCAAGGGCAUAUUCGAGGGAGGCCUGGAUGAGGCGGCCAGGGGCCCCGCUGAAGAGGACUACUAUGACGAGGCGGCUGACGCCGACUGGGGCGAGGGCCUGGACAUUGCUGACGUGGACAACAUCCAGAACGGUGACAUCAGCGAGCUGGUCGACAAGCUCGUCACGCGUGGGGAUGAAGACGAAGAGGAGGAGGGUGGGUGGGACCUUGAGGACCUCGACCUACCCCCGGACAGCGAGACCCCGACGAAGGCGAACAACAGUUCGCGCUCGUCUGUGUUUGUGGCCCCCACCCCAGGCAUGCCCGUGAGCCAGAUCUGGGUUCAACGCUCGUCCCUGGCCGCCGAGCACGCGGCAGCCGGCAACUUCGACACGGCCAUGCGCCUGCUGAGCCGCCAGCUGGGGAUCAGGAAUUUUGGUCCUCUGAAAUCUCAAUUUAUCGACCUAUACAAUGGCAGCCACUCCUACUUACGCGCUUUCGCCUCCGCCCCCGUCGUCUCGGUCGCAAUCGAAAGGGGCUGGAGCGAGUCGGCGAGCCCGAACGUCCGCGGGCCCCCGGCCCUCAUCUACAACUUCUCUCAGCUCGAGGAGAAGCUCAAAGCUGGGUACAAGGCCACGACGGCCGGGAAAUUCACGGAGGCCCUGAGGAACUUCCUCUCCAUCCUCCACACGAUCCCGCUGAUUGUUGUCGAGACUCGUAGGGAGGUGGACGAGGUGAAGGAGCUGAUUGUGGUGGUGAGGGAGUACGUGCUCGGUUUGCAGAUGGAGCUCAGGAGGAGGGAACUGAAGGACAAUCCAGUUCGCCAGCAGGAGCUCGCCGCUUACUUCACGCACUGCAAUCUCCAGCUUCCACACAUGAGGCUCGCGUUGAUGAAUGCCAUGACCGUAUGCUUCAAAGCCCAGAAUUUGAGCACGGCGGCUAAUUUCGCGAGGAGGCUCUUGGAGACGAACCCGUCUCAGGAGAGCCAGGCGAAGAUGGCCCGUCAGGUGCUCCAGGCAGCUGAGAGGAACAUGAAGGAUGCAACAGAGUUGAAUUAUGACUUCAGGAACCCGUUUGUGGUGUGUGGGGCCACAUACGUACCAAUCUACAGAGGGCAAAAGGAUGUGACGUGCCCUUAUUGUGGGACCCACUUUGUUCCGGCGCACCAGGGGGAGGUGUGUGCGGUGUGCCAACUCUCGGUGAUUGGGUCGGAUGCGUCGGGCUUGCUCUGUUCGCCUUCACAGUUUGAGACGAAGAGUAAUCGAGUGAAAGGGUUGAGUUUCCAUAGCAAGAGGCCAUGGAUACUGGCGAGUCUUCACAGUGGCGUGAUCCAGCUCUGGGAUUACCGCAUGGGCACUCUUAUUGAUCGGUUUGAAGAGCAUGAUGGGCCCGUCCGAGGCGUUCAGUUUCAUAAAUCGCAGCCGCUUUUUGUAUCCGGAGGUGAUGAUUACAAGAUCAAAGUGUGGAAUUACAAAUUGCACAGAUGUCUGUUUACUCUUCUUGGUCAUCUUGAUUACAUUAGAACUGUUCAGUUUCAUCAUGAGUCUCCCUGGAUUGUAAGUGCUAGUGAUGAUCAGACAAUUAGAAUAUGGAACUGGCAAUCUCGAACUUGCAUUUCUGUAUUGACUGGGCACAAUCAUUAUGUUAUGUGUGCCUCGUUUCACCCCAAAGAAGACCUUGUUGUUUCAGCCUCUUUGGAUCAGACCGUGCGUGUUUGGGAUAUUGGUGCAUUGAGAAAGAAAACAGUAUCCCCUGCUGAUGACAUUCUGCGAUUGUCUCAAAUGAACACGGACUUUUUUGGUGGGGUUGAUGCUGUUGUGAAGUAUGUAUUGGAAGGCCAUGAUCGAGGUGUUAACUGGGCUUCUUUCCAUCCGACUCUCCCUUUGAUUGUUUCUGGAGCAGAUGACCGUCAAGUUAAAAUUUGGCGCAUGAAUGAUACGAAGGCUUGGGAGGUGGACACGUUGAGAGGCCACAUGAACAACGUGUCGUGUGUUCUAUUCCAUACAAGACAGGACAUCAUUGUCUCAAACUCAGAAGAUAAGAGCAUCCGAGUCUGGGAUGCGACGAAAAGAACCAGCCUGCAAACUUACCGUAGGGAGCACGACAGGUUCUGGAUCCUUGCGGCUCAUCCUGAGAUGAACCUCUUGGCUGCCGGUCAUGAUAGUGGCAUGAUUGUUUUCAAGCUGGAGAGAGAGCGCCCUGCUUUUUCUGUUAGCGGUGAUUCCCUUUUCUAUGUCAAGGACAGGUUCCUCCGUGCAUUCGAGUAUUCUUCGCAGAAAGACACUCAGCUGAUACCCAUUCGCCGUCCUGGUUCUAAUAACUUGAAUCAAGGGCCUCGAGCACUUUCCUACAGCCCUACGGAAAAUGCUGUCUUGAUCUGUUCAGACGUUGAUGGGGGAUCGUACGAGCUCUACGUAAUUCCCAAAGAUAGCUAUGGCAGAGGCGACACAGUUCAGGAUGCAAAAAGAGGAAUUGGGGGCUCGGCAGUGUUUAUCGCGCGAAACAGGUUCGCUGUGCUUGAAAAGAGCACCAACCAUGUCCUGGUCAAGAACCUGAAAAAUGAAAUUGUGAAAAAGAGUCCUCUCCCUGUCGCCACAGAUGCCAUAUUCUACGCAGGCACUGGGAAUCUGCUGUGCAGGUCUGAGGACAGGGUUGUCAUCUUUGAUCUCCAGCAGAGGAUUGUCCUUGGGGAUCUUCAGACCUCUUUUGUCCGGUACGUGGUCUGGUCUCCGGAUAUGGAGAGUGUUGCCUUAUUGAGCAAGCACUUGAUCGUUAUUGCUGAUAAGAAGCUGGGCCACCGCUGUACUCUUCACGAGACUAUCCGUGUGAAGAGCGGGGCCUGGCAGGAGAACGGUGUCUUUAUCUACACAACCUUGACUCAUAUCAAGUACUGCCUUCCCAAUGGGGACUGUGGGAUUAUCAAGACUCUGGAUGUCCCAGUGUACAUCACCAAGAUAUAUGGGAGCACAAUCUUUUGCCUGGACCGAGAUGAGAAGAAUCGUCCCAUCAUCAUUGACCCUACAGAGUACGUGUUCAAGCUGUCCCUGCUGAAGAAGAGAUACGACCAGGUCAUGAGCAUGAUAAAAAACUCGGAGCUGUGCGGGCAGGCCAUGAUUGCUUACCUGCAGCAGAAAGGUUUCCCUCAGGUCGCCCUCUAUUUUGUCAAGGACGAACGGACCCGCUUCAACCUUGCCCUCGAGAGCGGCAACAUUGAGAAAGCACUCGAAUCUGCCAAGAGAAUAGACGAGAAGGACCACUGGUACAAACUUGGUGUGGAGGCUCUCCGCCAGGGGAACACCGGCAUCGUUGAGUACGCAUACCAGAAGACCAAAAACUUUGAGCGGCUCUCCUUCCACUACCUCAUAACUGGAAAUUUAGAUAAGCUCUCCAAGAUGAUGAAGAUUGCUGAGGUGAAGAAUGAUGUCAUGGGCCAGUUUCACGAUGCAUUGUAUCUCGGAGACAUUCGCGAGCGUGUGAAGAUUCUCGAAACUGCAGGCCACCUGCCCCUCGCAUACAUCACCGCCUCUGUUCACGGUUUACAAGACACCGCUGAGCAUUUAGCUGCCGAACUCGGUGAAAACGUCCCUUCUGUCCCUGAGGGGAAGAGAGCUUCACUCUUGAUACCACCGCAGCCCGUGCUUUGCGCAGGAGACUGGCCACUGCUGAUGGUCAGCAAGGGCAUAUUCGAGGGUGGCCUGGAUGAGGCGGCCAGGGGCCCCGCCGAAGAGGACUACUAUGACGAGGCGGCCGACGCCGACUGGGGCCAGGGCCUGGACAUUGCUGACGUGGAAAACAUCCAGAACGGUGACAUCAGCGAGCUGAUCGACGAUCUCGUCACGCGCGGGAAUGAAGAAGAAGAGGAGGAGGGCGGGUGGGACCUUGAGGACCUCGACCUGCCCCCUGACAGCGAGACCCCGACGAAGGCAAACAACAGCUCGCGCUCGUCUGUGUUCGUGGCCCCAACCCCAGGCAUGCCCGUGAGCCAGAUCUGGGUUCAGCGCUCGUCCCUGGCUGCCGAGCAUGCGGCUGCCGGAAACUUCGACACGGCCAUGCGCCUGCUGAGCCGCCAGCUGGGGAUCCGGAAUUUUGGCCCUCUGAAAUCUCAAUUCAUCGACCUGCACACGGGCAGCCACUCUUACAUACGCGCUUUCGCCUCUGCCCCCGUCGUCUCAGUGGCAAUCGAGAGGGGCUGGAGCGAGUCGGCGAGCCCGAACGUCCGCGGGCCCCCGGCCCUCAUCUUCAAUUUCUCACAGCUUGAGGAGAAGCUCAAAGCUGGGUACAAGGCUACGACAGCUGGGAAAUUCUCCGAGGCCCUGAAGAAUUUCCUGUCCAUCCUCCACACGAUACCGCUGAUAGUUGUCGAGACUCGUAGGGAGGUGGACGAGGUGAAGGAGCUGGUUGUGGUGGUCAGGGAGUACGUGCUCGGUUUGCAGAUGGAGCUUAGGAGGAGGGAACUGAAGGACAAUCCGGUUCGCCAGCAGGAGCUCGCUGCUUACUUCACGCACUGCAAUCUCCAGCUUCCGCACAUGAGGCUCGCGUUGAUGAAUGCCAUGACCGUGUGCUUCAAAGCCCAGAAUUUGAGCACGGCGGCUAAUUUUGCGAGGAGGCUCUUGGAGACAAACCCGUCACAGGAGAGCCAGGCGAAGAUGGCCCGCCAGGUGCUUACGGCGGCUGAGAGGAACAUGAAGGACGCGACCCAGCUGAACUAUGACUUCAGGAACCCGUUUGUGGUGUGUGGGGCCACGCAUGUACCUAUCUACAGGGGGCAGAAGGAUGUGACGUGCCCCUACUGUGGGGCCCACUAUGUUUUGGUGAAGCAGGGAGAGGUGUGUGCGGUGUGCCAACUCUCGGUGAUUGGGUCGGAUGCGUCGGGCUUGCUCUGUUCGCCUUCACAGGUCAGAUGA